CAGCCCAAUGGAGCCUUCUGCAGUCGAACCAAUACCCACCGCGGGCAGCAGCCUCCUGGGUGUCCCAGGGCUUAUCACCUGGGAUGGGGAUGAGGCGAACGACGCGGAGGUGAUCGGUGGCAUCAGGCCCAAGUCCUCUCCUCUCCCACGGAGAAGGAGCGCCAGUGAUUUAAAGGACUGUGAGCUCGAGCUCACCCCAUCCAGCUCUCGGAGAGUGUCCUUUGCGGACGCCCUCGGCCUAAACCUGGUGAAAGUGAAAGAGUUUGACUCGUGGGACAUAACAGUCCCGCUGAACUUCAAUGCCAUGGAGGGAGAGACAGAGGUAGAGGAAUACUACUUGUCCUCAUUAUACACUCCUUCACCAUCCCAAGAAGCCAUGGUCCUGAGAGUUCAGGAGCAGAAGCUAGAGCUGGAGAGCAUUGAGUUACUCUACCAGACUACAAUACUAAGGGGGGUGGUCCGCGUUCUCAAUGUCUCCUUUGAUAAGAUGGUGUACAUCCGCACCUCGCUGGAUGCCUGGGCCACGCACUUUGACCUGCUGGCAGAGUACAUACCAGGGUCCAGCGAUGGAGACACUGACUGCUUCUCAUUCAAGCUCACCCUGGUGCCCCCCUUUGGGGAAAAGGGGGCCAGAGUGGACUUCUGUCUCCGGUACGAGACCCCAGUUGGGACUUUCUGGGCCAACAAUAGUGACCAGAACUAUGUGAUAUUUUGUCACCAGAAAAUCAAGGAGUCGAAAGAGAAACCAGAAAAAGACAAAAGCGGGCGCAGGAAAAGCAUCCUGAAAGCCAUCAGUCAUGACUUUCCCUGUGAUGAAAACUGGUCGUCAACCAAUGCUGAAUCUUCAGACGUACACAACCGUGGAGGGAAGCUGGCUAGUGUGAACACUUCUGAGUCUCAGUCAGGAGCACUCCAAGAUGAUCCUCAGAAACUAAUGGUUGAGAGCAGCCGGAACUCCAGCAGAAGAAACCGACGAAAGGCAGCACGAUUGGCGAAGGUGCAGGACUACUUCACCCAGAGAGAGGAUGAGACCCAAGAGAAAGAGAAGGGAGCAGUGGAACCAUCACAGAUCCCACAGGAAAAGCUUUCGAAUAGGCCUGAGGUACGACCACUGCCACCACAGGGCAGGAAAGGGUUUGGGCUGCAGGCAACAGAUUCUCUGUCUACGUACAAACUGUCUCCUGGUGUCCCAGACAGCACGUCUUGGCAGGAGUCAGUGAAACCUGAGAAAAUAGACCCAACGUUCCGAUCAGCCCCAUCAGAGCUGAGAGGGAAACAGGCCUCACUGAUCCCCAGCAGCAAGUCAGAUUCAACUGAUCAACCUGCUGCUGUGAGCCAAAAUGGUGAUACGUCUGUUUUCAGUGUGGAGGGAAGUGCUCUGAUGCAGAUGGAAACGGAAAAGGGUGGAUCUGCCAUCAGCACAGACAUAACACAUUCAGAUAACAUUGUCAGGUUGGAGAACAGCACAGCAGGCCCAGUCCCAGGCAGCCAGACCAAUAGCUUUAUGUUUGGUAAUGUUGUGGCCCCACCAUACUGUCAGGGGUUUGGUAGAGUGGAGAGUGGGAGUCCGAGCUUCACCCAUAGAGGGAAUCGAACAAGUGGUCAAUUGCAUGAAUGGGAUUCAACAGCCUACACAGCCCAGAGUUACCCAUCCACAGAGGAAGUAGAAACUCACUCCUGUGUUUCAGCUGAUACUCGUGGAACACCUGAAGACAAGCCUGUAGAUCAACAGGGGUCUCUUAAAUCAAACCCAGAACACUUCAGCUCUGGAUUAAGUACAGAAAGAGAGUCUGAACCUAAACUUCUGUCAGAAGAGGCAGGAGGUCUUCUCAGGACUCACACUGCCCUGAACACUGCUGCUGCUCUCAGGGCACAAAUCCUCAAUGUUAACUCAGGCCUCCAGGGGUCUGAGGAGAACAUUCUGCCUCCUCAGACCCAAAUGCACCAGGACAGUAAGCUUUCACAAACACAAACCCCAUUACCAAACACAACACCUUCACAAACUCCAGUAGACACAGCACUUUCACAAACACAAACCUCAUUACCAAACACAACACCUUCACAAACUCCAGUAGACACAGCACUUUCACAAACACAAACUCUGAGUGACGCGACACAAGGCAGUUUCCUACAGUCACAAACUGAAAUGGGGUCAAAGCAUGUCUCUGCUGAGAUGACUCUGCAGGGGGCCAGUUGUGGAUAUGAGAGACCUGAUGAGUCAGAUGAAAUGGAGAACCCUCUCACAGAUGAAUGGUCAACAAGCCCAUUCACAGAAAUAGUAGACACACCUAUAGCCAUGCUAGAGCCUGUAGAUGCUGACCUGAAAGUUCACACUUCAGAGACCGAGGAAAAGAUCACCACUGAGCACCAAAACUUUGCUGUGCCCCAUACGGACACACUGGAGGAAGAAACCAGUGGGACAGCAUUGAAAGAUGAUUCCAUUUUCAUUAAGGAAUGGACAUCAUUGGAGAAAUUAAUGAUGAGAAAACAAACAGAUCAAGUGAAGGAUGAACUAUCAUUUGAAGUGUCAAACAUUUUAUGCAAUGAAGAAAACCGGCAUUCUAUUGACAACGAUGUAGAUGAUGUAGAUGGAGAGAUGUCAAACUAUGUAAGGUAUGAUUAUGAUAAAGACACUGACAAGGGCUCAAAGUUCAAAGAAGAAGAUAUUCAUAAGGAAGUUGAACUGGUAAUGGUGAACAGUAAGAAGUAUUUAAUUCCUACAAAGAAGGAGAUAGACACAAGUAAUGGACAACCAUUUCUAAAGAAAGAUCGAAUAGUAAAAGACUGGGAGGGGACUGUGGAAGAGGAAGACACGAUGGGGGAAUUUGUGGAGGGGGACAAAUGGGAAAUAGAAGAAGAUGAGAUAGUUGUGGAAGAGGAGAUGGUGGUUGGGACAAAGGAGUUGGAGGAGACAGGGGAGGUGGAGGAAACAGAGGAGGAAGUGGAAAAGGAGAAAGAAGAAAUUAUGAUACGGGAAAAGAUAGAAGAAAUGGUAAAGGAAGGAGCGAAGGUGGUGAAGGGAGAGGGGGAAAUGGAGAAAGAAAUGGAGAAGGUGGUAGUUGAAGAGAUGGAGGAUUUAGAGGAGGAGGAUGUUAAGUGGAUAGAGUGGGAGGAAGAGGAGAUUGUAGAGGAAGAGAAGGAGGAGGAAGAGAUUGUAGAGGAAGAAACUGCAGAUGUAGAAGUAAAGGAAAUCGUAGUAGAUGAUCAAAAUGAGUUGGUAGACGAGUUUAGCAUGAACAUGAACAAUAUGAAUGAGGGUGAGGGUGGUAAGAGCACAAAUGUAAAGGUCACAGAAAAAUCUAGCCCAGUAGAUAAUACAUUAAUGACAAAUGAAGUGUCAAAUCCUUGCCACAAAGAAACUAUCAAUGACGUAAGGCUGGACACCAAGCAUCCUCGAGAUGAAGAAAUGGAAUCUAUCAAUGGAGAAGGGGAGACCUGCAUUCAAUCGAAUAAAUCUGUCAGUGGGAAAGAGGGUGAAGGGGAGGGCGAGGAGGACCAUGCUUCCACAGAGUCUCUGUCAGAGGAUGAGAUAGAGCUGUACAUGCGCAGUCUAAGGGCAGUGCAGAAGCUACGAAACAAGGACUUAGCCUUGAGUCUUGGGAAACGGCCCUCCAUAAGCAGAAGAGGCAGCAAACCGUCCAUGACGUCCAUCAGUGAGUCUGUGGAUGAGGAGCACCCGAGCAACCAGGAAGGAGGGCAGGAUAGCACCAGGAGCAAUAUAAUGUGGUGGAGAGAAUCAUUUUCUUGGCAUAAUCCCUCAAAAACACUGUUAUACACCAUCCUGUUUGUAGUGUUAUUUUUUGCUGCAUACCAUUAGGACUUUCUGGUCUGUUUUAGACAGGCUGGUUUGUCAGGGGGAGAAACAGCCAAUGAUAAUAAAUAAUACAAUAGGUUGAGACCUGUGAAAAUAUAUUUCAGUGUCUAUAAAGGGCACGACAAUUAAGUUUCAUUAUUUGUCAUUAUGCCUCAUCUCUAAAUAUAGCCUCUAAAUAGAUGUUAAACAAUAUAAUUUAAGCAGCAUGUGCAGUGGCCGAUAGAGAAAACAGAUCUGGCAAUAAGAAUAGGCUGUAGAUAGUCUUGACCAUUUGGGACCCGUUGGCAAUUUCACUCAGGACAGGUUAUAGCCAAGACUUAAUCAAUAUUUUGUUUUGUCUUAUUUAUUGAUAUGGAUAUAGCCUCUGCGUGAUGGGAUUGUGCAACGUAAAUGGUUUUAACAAGCUUUCUUACAGAGUGGAAUUCAUUAAUACAACAGUCAAAAUGCCUAAUAUAAGGCCUACAGUCUGUGCUCCCAAAUACAGGAAAAAGUGUGAUUCAUUAGUUUACAUGAUCACUACAGUAGCCCCACGCGGCUAUACAAAUGUAUUAUGCAAUAAUAUGGCCAUUAAAUAACACACAACAGUAUGGCAUAUUCAGAUAGUGGAAUAAGCCUAAAUCAUGUUUACUUUCUAUUUUGCAGUACAGGUGGUUUUUCUAGACAAGGCUCUUCUGUGUCUUCCAUAGUAUCAUUGUCAAACAAGUCAUUUUCUGAAGCCCAAGCCUAUAGUAUGCCAUCUACUGAUAUAACGUCAUUAUCGAAUUGCGUUCUAAAACAAGCUCUAGACAUUUAUUUUGGAAAUGAAACCGGAAGCUGCAAAGCAUUUCAAACGUCUGGGCUAGAGUUGCUUGAUUGACUAGUUAACUUCGACUAGCUACGUUCGGUUCGGUUCAUGUCCUUUGCAGAUGCCACAUUCCUGACAAAGGUUUGUAUACAUAAAAAAUAUCUGUAACCGGGUAAAGGGAGACGUAAUGUAAGAAUUGAUAGAAUUCAUUGUCGUAACAUAGGGUUUGUACAUUUACAGAUCUAAUUUAACAAUUACGUUCCAUGUGAAAUUAUAUUUCAGUGUCUGAAGUGCUCCACAAUUAAGUUUCAUUAUGCCUCAUCUGAGACUACAUGUAGAUGACACAAAUGACAAAAGGUAACCAUUUUUGGUAAAAUGAUGUGGGUAAAAAGUAGAAUAUAAAUGUUGACACCAAAUAAAGACUUUGAAUUCAGUAUAUUCCUCGUUCUAUCCAGAUUUGAUCAAAAUAAAUGUAUAUAUUUUUUAACAUUCUUAUUAAAAUUAUAUUAACAGGUGAGUGUGUUUUAUAAUUAACUUAUGAGGGUCAGUUAGUUUAAGGCAGACCCUUCAAUAGAGCACACAAUAUUAUUUAUCCAAAAUAAUGUUUUGUGACUUUUCUACAUAUUGGCCACACUACGGUUGCAUCUUGUACAGUACGCUGUUUGUUUGAGCACAAAUUAGUUCAAAGCCCUGUGUUCAAAUAACUGUUCUUGUCUAUUAAUGUUCUGUAUUAUGUCAUGUUUCAUGUUUUAUGUGGACCCCAGGAAGAGUAAUGGGGAUCCUUAUAAAAUACAGAAUACCCAGUUACAAGGCUGUGGACCAUUGCUUGGUGCGGUUACUGUUAACUUUUAUUGCAUUAUUUUAUUUGGUGUAAAUUAAGCUGAUUUUAGAUUUAUUUUGUACCAAUGCCUCCAGAUUCAUAAUAGCCAUGUACAGUAUGUUAAAUAUGGUUAACAAAAAUUGUCUAUGAAUCUCUCUUUCUGAUAAUAUACAACAGUCAAACGGUCAUUUCCUACAAUCUUUCAACAAAUAAAGCAAAAAUAAAAGCUAACAUACUAUAAUUGACCACCAUGCAUACGUACAGUACACCAUGCAUACGUACAGUACACCAUGCAUACGUACAGUACACCAUGCAUACGUACAGUACACCAUGCAUACGUACAGUACACCAUGCAUACGUACAGUACACCAUGCAUACGUACAGUACACCAUGCAUACGUACAGUACACCAUGCAUACGUACAGUACACCAUGCAUACGUACAGUACACCAUGCAUACGUACAGUACACCAUGCAUACGUACAGUACACCAUGCAUACGUACAGUACACCAUGCAUACGUACAGUACACCAUGCAUACGUACAGUACACCAUGCAUACGUACAGUACACCAUGCAUACGUACAGUACACUUGAGACACAUUUAGAACACAUUUUCAUUUCACACCACACACUUGUACAGGUUACAGACUUGUACGUGUGUGAAAAAUGACAAAUAUAAGCACCCUUAUUUGACCUUUGACCUGUAGAGGCCCCCAACUCCCCUGUGUGAGGUUUACUCUUGGUAAAUAUACAGAUUGGUAUGGUUAAACAUUUGAGAAGUUAUGAAAGGGGUGCAUACCUCACAGUAAGACUACAACGCAAUCAUGUGUCAAUGUUAAUGAACGGUUGAUAGGGAAAACAGAACGUCUUAAAACCAUAGUCCACUCCUUACUCCCGUCAGCUUUAGACAGCAUUGUCUUGAGAUACAAACUGUGCAUAUUUGUUUUUCUGGUGUGUCAAUGUCUGUCUUGGCUGUGGUCGGAUAAGAUAUAGACUCAGGAGCCUGGUUCUUAUCUGUUGAAAUGUUUGUCCUUCCCUUUAACAAUAUGAAUAAAUUGACAGCAAAAAAACA